CUCUCUAAACGUCACUUCUUAGCAAGUCACAUAGUCGAAAGUUAGCGAACAAUCAAAUAAUCCCCGCACCGCUGGGUGUUCAAAGUUGUGACUGCGGUUUUUCCUGCCAGUCCGUGAACCCAACACUUGCUAAUGUGCUCGGUGAGAGGAUGCUAGCGUCGCUCCAGCGUUUUAUGAAUGACUUUGUGUCGGGCCUCCAGCUAACGGCGAACCCAGGGGGGGUUAGAUACGUACCAAUCUGGUAACAUAGGAAUUACUUGUCUGUUGUUAGCCUCAAACCAUCUCCCCCGGACUUCUAAACCUAAAAGUAGCGUUUCAUCAUCUCCAUGGCCGCAACGUUAUGCUAACCGGCAGGGAUUAGCCCGCUGGCUAGCUACUAGCCUCUUUAGUUGAUGUAGGCUUUCGCGACCCAAAUGGGUGGCAAAUCGAGAAACUUCCAUUUCCAACCAAGCUUACAGCGCGCGCGUUCGUUUGUGUAGAGCGAAUACUUUCAAAAUGGACAUCAAUUUUUACUCGGACCUGUCGGAUGGCUGUGCUCAAAAUGUCGAUUCGGAGUUUUUGGACAGCCAAGCCUACGGUGGAUACUCCGAGGACAACAAGUUUCCCGAAGGCAGCGACAGUUACCUCACCAUCAGUGGAGCGGGACACCCGUUUCUCUCCGCCGAGACGUUCCAUACUCCCAGCCUCGGGGAUGAGGUUUUUGAGAUCCCCCCCAUCUCCCUGGAUCCGGACCAAGCUCUGGGCAUGAGCGAUGCAGUGUCCCACUUUGAGCUGACAGAUGGGUCGGACGGCACCGGGGGACCUGCAGGCUCCCGUAGCCUCGUCAGCAACCUGGUGGUCGAGGCCAACGACCCUUCCUUCGCCUCCACCUUUGUGAACUCGGGGUCUCAAGGCCUGAACCUGGGGGCGAUUGGCCAGGCCGGAGGGGGGGCCCUACUGAGCUCCUCUGCAUUGGAACUGGGGAAUUCCAGUGGGUCACAUUUCAGCAGUUCGUCCCCGAUGACCAUCGAUGUCCAGCUCGGCGACAUUGGUCAUGGUCUUCUGGGAAGUAGUCAUCUGUCUACAAUUAACCAGUCAGAACUGUCACUGGGUCUUGGGGGUGAAAACAUCAGGCAUCAUUCAGAGACACCUGAGCAGCCGCUGUCAGCAACACCGUCUCCAGCUGGUUCCCUGCAGGACGAGGACAUGGAUGACUUCAAGAGGAGUGUGCUGGUAGACUCCCCCAUGUGUCUCUCCUCUUCCUCUGUCCUCUCCCACAUGUCCUCCCACCCAGCUCCCACAUCCUCCCUGUCUAUAGCCAGGAGGGGCGGGGGGAAGCCAGCCACGCUGGCCUCACUGAGUGGGGCCAUGGGCGCAAAGACGGGAAGGAAGAAGAAGGAUCCAAAUGAACCACAGAAGCCCGUUUCAGCCUAUGCCUUGUUCUUCAGAGAUACCCAGGCAGCCAUUAAAGGCCAGAAUCCCAACGCCUCUUUUGGAGAGGUGUCAAAGAUUGUGGCCUCCAUGUGGGAUAGCCUGGCUGAGGAACAGAAACAGGUGUACAAGAGAAAGACAGGAGCUGCCAAAAAGGAAUAUUUGAAAGCGCUGGCAGCGUACAAAGCCAACCAGCUCUCACUGCCUGCCACUGAGGAGAUGGAGACUUCCCCUUCACCACCUCCGCCUGCAAUCAACCCUACUCCUACAGCCCCUCCCUCUGCUGGUCAGCAGGCGAUCCGCCUUGCGAGCAACAACCUGGAAGAGAACACCAUCACCAACAUUUGUGCCUCCAACAUUAUUCUGGACGUCCCAGAGAUGAUCACGCGGUCCCGCACGGGGGCAAACAAAGUCCCCGCUCCAGCAGCAGCAGCAACGCCACCAGCCCAGACCAUCACCAAGAUCAUAAUCCCAAAGCACAUGCUUCAGGCAGGGGGCCAGGUGGUCACGGUAUUGCCCGGAGGGGUCCGCACCUUGCAGCCUACACUGGUUGUUUCGAGUGGCUCUCGUCAGCCACCACCACUGCAGCAGAUGCAGAACGCUCCUCUGCCGCCACGGCUGCAGCAAAUGGCGCCAGCACCUCCACCAUUACAAGCGAAGCCUCGCGAGGGCAACAGCACGGCAGGUCUCCCUGUGUCUAUCACGGCUACACCUCCUCCUCCACUCCAGAUAAAAAUAGUUCCAGCCUCCUUGCAGGCAAAAGAGGCUCUUCCCAUUAUUGUCCAGAAUACAGUGGCUGUAUCAUCUACUGUGGGAACUUCCUCCCAGUCUGCACCUGUCGUGUCAGUGCAGUUGGUGAACUCGGCGGACGUGUCAGGGAGUCCAGAUGAGGAUGAAGUUACUGAAGUGCUGCCCUCAGAAGACGAUGAGAUGGAGGUAAACGGGACGGUUGACGCUGCGGCCAUGAGGAGUGUGUGUGUGAGGGCGGGCUGUAACAACCCAGCCGUGGAGUGUGAAGACUGGGACAAGGAAUACUGCAGCAACGAAUGUGUGGCCAAUCACUGCCGGGAUGUAUUCAAGGCCUGGUGCUCCAUCAGGAAUCAGAACAUGGGGACAGUGAAGUAGAAAACUGCCUCUACAUCAACGGAAAAUUAGUUUUUCACUCGGGGCAGGCAUUAAUGAUUGAAAAACUGGUGCAGUACAAAAAGGUCAACCAUGCAUUUCACUACAGGUACAAAGUUUUAUAAUUAUCUCACUGUUUUGUAGACAUACCCUAAGUUUCAGCGUUGCUGUUAAAGGGGCAGUAGGUGAUCUUGGAGAAAAUUUGUUGUUGAUAUUUUAACUGCGCUGAUCGGGAAUGGAACCCGCAGUCUCGGGUAUGGAGACAGACGCGCUAACCGCAAGGCCAAGACCCCUGAGGAGUUGUGGCAUUUGUGGCUAGCACGUCUUUAAGGUGUCGGGGAGUGAUGUUUACAUACUGCACACACACUGUUGUGUGGUGCGGUCCAGAAGCGACAGCUAGCAGACAGUGAGGAAGUAUUCUCUGAAUUUUACAUAGGAGUAAAAUCGCUUACUGCCCCUUUAAGGACCACAAACAAAUAGUAUUGCUGAAGUAGUACUGAACUAUGACAGCCAUUCUAAGCUGUUACUUACAUUGGAACUGCAGAAACAUCUGUUUUAUGGAAAAUUAUGUUGUGUUAUGUUUGAAUAAGUGUACAGAUUUUAGUCAGACAUCAGGCAGCUAGAGAAAAUAUCCACACCACCAGGUAUAAAAGAUGUUCAAGGAAACUGGAUUCACUCAUCAUUUUUUGGUGUGUUUGUUUUAAAUUAAAUCUCACACAGGUCAGUUCAUACUUGUCAACUGGAAAUUCUGAACCGUUUAUGUCGUGAUUGUACAGUGCUCACUAACCGAUUUCAAAUUCAUGCUCUGAAGUUCUUUGAUGUUCCUACACGAUGCAAGAGUAACCAGAAGAAUUCGAAUCAAGCUUAAAAUGCCUUAGUUUGAGAAGAAGUCUGUUUGUAUCACAACCAGUGUACACUUUGUUUUUGUAUUGGCCUCAACAUUUGCCUUCAGUUUUUGUAAAAACAUUCUAUUGAGAUCAAUGUCAGUUGUUAGAAAAAAUGCCUGACUUUCAUGUUUUUUUAAUAAAUGAGAAAAAAACUG